AUAACAAACGAAACAGAAUUUCAAAUUUCAAAUUCGAAUUCAGAACUAGAGAGAGAGAGAGAGAGAGAGAGAGAGCAGAUAAAGCUUCAGCGAUUUUGAUUUCGUUUCAUCGUCUAUCUCACUUUCUCAGUUCUUUCGUCUACGAUGUCGUCUACCAGAAGAGCCACUACUAAUAAGAGAGCUCAGCCAGAGCCGCCGCAAUCGCUCAAGAAGAAGCCAACUGCCAAGGCAAAACUCCACGACGAUUCCGAUCCCGAUGAUUCUAGCGAUCUCAAAGGACUCAUGUCGGCGUUGCAGAAAAUCAGAGAGAAGGCGGACGAGGAUGGCCGGAAGAAGAAGGAAGAAAGCAUCUCCAGUGUGUCCAAUGAGGUUAAGUCAAAGAUUGAAGAGCUGAAGUCAAAACUUGAGAAAGAAAGACAAAACUUUACCAAAGCACUUUCAAAGAGUUCAAAGGAGUGUGAGAAUAUCUUGAAGGAUGAAGCUGCCAAGUUUGAGGAGCUUCAUAAGAAAUUCCUGAAAGACAAAGCUGACCAUCUCCAGGGUUUGAAAGACACUGUGUCAAAGUUCGAAGAAGACAAGGAGAGGCUUUACAUGCGAUAUGAGCAACUAAGGAAGAAGGAGAAGACAAUGAUAACGGAACAGGAGAAGUUCUGCAAGGAAAAGCUUGCUCAACUGGAAGAGUCGCUGAAGAAAAAGAAACGGGACGACAAAACUUUCAGCAUAUUGAGGAAAACUCUCGGCUCUAUGCUGGAAAACGAAGCCUCUGAUGAAGAAUUCCCACCUGAUGAGUGAAAGAUUAACGCCACUUCGCUUGAACGCUAGAAAGGUAAAAAACCCUUUUACUUUGAUCAGCCAGCCAGACGAUGCUUUAAGCUUUCUUUUUCAGCAGAAAACACUCUUUAUCUCAAGUAGUGUUUCAAGACUUUGAAUGUUAUGAAUAUGAAACCUUAUUGUUUUUCUAUGUUAUAGUUUGGAAUUGAAAGAGUAAUUACAUUUUAGCAGGCUCCACCACAAGUUAGCUAACA